UCUAUUUGGCCACAGCUACCAUUGCCACUGUGCCUCGGCUACUCGUCCACAAACCAAACAAUCAGCAAAGUGUCGUGCAGUUGACAUCAACCAGGGUCAGUGUACCUUUUGGCCAAUGGAUUUUGCAGUAUAACGUGGAACCGGACACUCCAAAGCGGAGUAGCCCACUGUUAGCAAAAAGAGAAGUCUAGUUUACCCAUUUUAAACAGUGGAAAACGGAAUACCAGAAACCAACGCUCCACAGUUGAUACUCGAGUGCGUGAGGACUACAUUUAUGUUUUUGGGUUGUGUUGCUUUAGCUAGCUAAACUUGCACACCACCGUGGGGACUGUUAGCCAAAGUAGCAACCCAAACGAAUAGUCUACGAAGUCAAAUCAUACCGUACGAGGAAGAGAGCUGCAAAAUCAUACUUGACCCUAUGAGGGAUGGCUGGUAAAGCUAGACUCCAUGAAGUCCUGGCUCUGAGUCUGUCCAGGCUCUGAGUGGAGGCACUUUCGCUCGGGCAGAAUGAGACUGCAAGGGUGGCCCCAGCGGUCCAUGUGAAGGGGAAGUGGAAGAAGGAGAGGAUGGGUGUCAAUGCUUCCAGCUAUCCCCAUUCGUGCUCACCCCGAUUUGGUAGCAACUCACAGAGCCAGCAGACGUUUAUAGGGACAUCCUCUUAUGGCUCCCAGGGCUAUGGAGGAGAGGGGAAGCUCUACAGCCUGGAGUCCGGUCCCGAGAAGCCCCAGGACAAGAAGAAGAAGAGCUCGGGCCUAGCCACGCUCAGGAGGAGAUUCAUCAAGCGCCGCAAGUCCAGCCGCUCGGCUGACCACGUGCGACAGAUGCGCGAGCUCCUCUCAGGUUGGGAUGUGCGUGACGCAAACGCACUGGUUGAGGAGUACGAGGGCACAGCAGCUCUCAAGGAGCUGAACCUGCAGGCGGGACUGGCGCGGGCUGAGGCCCGGAGCCUGCAGCGCGACCUGGCCGCCCUCUACCAGCACAAGUACUGCACGGACGUGGACCUCAUCUUCCAGGAUGCCUGCUUCCCUGCGCACCGCGCUGUGCUGGCUGCCCGCUGCCCCUUCUUCAAGACGCUGCUGUCGUCGUCACCAGGCUACGGUGCUGAGGUGCUCCUGGACGUGGGCACAGCGGGCAUGGACGCGGCCAUGUUCUCGGCACUGCUGCACUACCUGUACACGGGCGAGCUGGGCCCAGAGGUGGAUGCGCGGCUGCGGAACAUGGACGUGUUGGUGCGCCUGAGCGAAGAGUUUGGCACACCCAGCUCGCUGGAGGAGGACAUGCAUGGCCUUUGCGAGCACAUGUGCUUCUACGACUCAUUGCUCAGCUUCUCAUCUGACUCAGAGCUGGUGGAGGUCUUCAGUGCCGGGCCAGCUGUUGGGGUAGCAGCUGGGGGAGGAGGUGUAGGAGGACCGGUCAUCCAAGGACCCGUGGACGAAGAGCUGCGCGCCCACAAGGCGGUCCUCUCGGCCCGCUCUCCUUUCUUCCGGAACCUCCUGCAGCGGCGCAUCCGCACCGGCGAGGAGAUCACAGAGCGCGCUCUGCAGACGCCCACGCGCAUCAUCCUGGAUGAGUCCAUCAUCCCCAAGAAAUAUGCCCGUGUCAUCUUGCACUGCAUGUACACGGACGCUGUGGAGCUAGCACUGGUGCUGAGGGGAAGCCCCUCAGUGGGGAGUCUGGGGGAGGUGCAGGCCCUGGUGGCCGGAGGCAGGGGGGUUGCCAGUCGUGCUGAGGAGGCAAUGGAGCUCUACCACAUUGCCCUCUUCUUGGAGUUCAGCAUGUUGGCCCAAGGUUGCGAGGAUAUUGUGGUGGAGAGCAUCUCUCUGGACACGGUGGUACCCAUCCUGAAGUGGAGCUCGCAGCCCUACGGCUCAAAGUGGGUCCACCGGCAGGCCAUGCACUUCCUGUGUGAGGAGUUCAGCCAGGUCAUGACCUCUGACGUGCUCUACGAACUGGGCAAGGAACACCUGGUGGCUGCCAUCCAGUCAGACUAUUUGCAGGCCAGCGAGCAGGACAUCCUCAAGUACCUCAUCAAGUGGGGAGAGCACCAGCUUAUCAAGAGGAUGGCUGACCGAGAGCCCAACCUCCUAAGUGGCACGGCCCACAGCGUGAACAAGCGGGGGGUGAAGAGGAGAGACCUGGACCUGGAGGAGCUCAAGGAGAUCCUGUCCCCUCUGUUGCCCUACGUCCGCACCGAACACAUACUGCCCCCCCACAGCGAGGUCCUCUCUGACACAAUGAAGAGGGGUCUGAUCAGCACCCCUCCCUCAGACAUGCUGCCCACGGCGGAGGGUGGAAAGGCCAACUCUUGGCUGAGGCAAAAGAGUGCCGGCAUCUACGUGCGACCUCGCCUCUUCUCGCCCUACGUGGAGGAGGCCAAGUCUGUGCUGGAUGAGAUAAUGGUGGAGCAGACAGACCUGGUGCGCCUGCGCAUGGUCCGCAUGUCCAACGUGCCCGACACCCUUUACAUGGUCAACAAUGCUGUGCCCCAGUGCUGUCACAUCAUCAACCACCAGCAAAUCGGUGGCAGCCAGACGACCCCACCCUCAGUGGUGGCCAAUGAGAUACCAGUUCCCAGGCUGGCCGUGGUGAAGGAGAUGAUCCGGAGGCUGCAGGACCUGCGUCACACGGACCAGGUACAGCGUGCGUACGCCCUAAACUGCGGCGAAGGUGCCACGGUUAGCUAUGAGCUGCAGAUCCGCGUGCUUCGCGAGUUCGGCCUGCCGGAUGCCGCCGCAGAACUGCUGCAGAACCCUCACAAGUUCUUCCCGGAGGAGCGCUUUGGCGACGAGAGCCCCGUCCUAGCGCUUCGCCAGCCGUCGGGUGGCAGCCGUAGUGGAGGGCGUUGCCGGGUCAACAGCAGCCCAGUUGUGGAGAGCAUGUUCACCGAUCUGGAGGCCAUGGCGGGCUUCCACCCGCCACUGCCACCUCCCCCGCCGCCUUACCACCCACCGGCCACGCCCACUCACAAUGCCCAGCUCAAAGCCAGUGGAUGGAGGCCUGGCCGUGCCCCCAGCCAGCCCCCGUCACGCUCUUUCUCCUACCCCUGCAACCACAGCCUGCUCCACCACACAGCGAGCUCCUCCUCCAAGCAUGGCAGCCCCGCCUACCCACCGGCGGCCAAGCCCCUGCCGCCAGACUGCACCAAUCGCCAGGGCGGGGGGGUACGCACCCCGCAUCAGGAUAAACAAGGGAACGUGGCGCCGGUCAUCAACGAGUUCAUGCCGGACAUUGCCAUGGGCGUGUCGGCCAUGACCCUGAAGGAGCGUCGCCUGCCCGAGGUCACCAUGGAGGUGGAGCCUCACGACCCACACCCUCACCCCUCCACGGCCCCUCCCGCUGUGCCCUACUGCCACCUGGGCCUGAACCGCCACGGUCCGUAUGCCUCCCGCAAGAGGCAUGCUGCCGAGCCCAAGCCCGAGGCCCAGGCGUCGGAGUAUCCUGACUUGUACGAGUUUCCCGGGCGCCACGUGAGCUCCUUCGCCGGGCCGGACCUCUACAGUCACAGUCGAGUUCCUUCGGGAGCUGGCCUGGUCCCUCCACAGUACUCCCCCGACGAACAGCAGCCAAACCCCUGCCGCGGCCCAGUCGGCACCCCACUCCGCCUGGAUGUUCUGGAGCAACCCCCCCAGAGACUAGAUCUGGCUCUGGCCAUGCAGAGCGGAGGAGUUCAAGCAGCCGGGGCAUCACACAACCCGAGAGGACGCGCCCGAACUGAAACAGACCUCACUUGCGGACUGGGACAGGCGCGGCCCGCAGAACCUUAUUCCGAGGAGGUGGUGGGGGCCAGGGACCGCAGGUCGCCCAACAAACCUGAGUACCCUUACAGGAAGUCUGCACUCUGACCCUCCGCAACUAAGACAGAGGCCUCGGGAAAAGGCAAGAGCGCUAAAGGACGGUUUGCUCUAGGGGGAUUUGGGGUUGACGGCUUAGCAUCAGUGGUUGGCAGUGUCUCCGGUGACAGAGUGGUCAUACUCGCGCUCAGUUCAGGGCAAAGGCACUAAGCACACAUAGUAGUCCCCCCCUCCCCCGGUGAGCCCCAGGUGCUGCACCAACUAACGAGGUGUGGCGGUCACAGUGCCUUCAGCACAGAGCCAUGGUGGGGGAUGAGGAGGAAAUGCUCGGUUUGGUUGAGAAUUAUUUGUCCAAAUAGAUUAGUCUCAUGAAUUAACAUAAUGGGUCCUAGCCCUUCCCAUCUCCCAGAUUGGAUCCACGCUCAACUGCUCAUCCUCCAAUCACCUUUAUUCUUCUCAAAAUGAAAGUCUUGACUGGUCAUCGAACUUGAAUAAAUCCUUCCCUUUCCGCCCAGUGUUUUGGAUUUUGACAACGCACAGUCAUCGUUUCAUUUCCAUUACACUCAUUUCCUGCAUCAGGAUGAGGGUACUGUAGAGUUAUAUAUUUAUAUUUUUGUCCCGGUAUGCUUUCCUUAGAAAUAAAUUGAAAAAUGCCCAGGCAAUGAGUUGCAAACUCAUUUCAGCAACCUGCCCAUUACAAAUAGCUCCUCCUUUUGAAAAAGGUGGAAUUGCAGUAAUAGCACUUGUAAUCCUUUAUGACCCACGGGCUGUAUGUCAGUACGGGCAAUUUAAGAUUUGAGCAAGAGCACAAAGAGGAGAAGAGAAAAACAAAUUAAAUCUUCCUACUACUACCAAUGGCCAGUGGCUACAAGGCAGGAAUAAUAAUUUCAUAGCUGCUUUUAUUAGAAGUGACUAUAGAAGUCAUCCACUUUGCAUACCCAUAGUUAAUGUGAGUGGUAGCCACUGCUCAGCGCUAUCUCUUGGUCCUCUACCACACUUACACUUUGCAGAUGUCCUUUUUACCUUAACGUCAAUGUAAUAUUCAAUAGCCUGAGUGCUGGGCACUGUAGGUCGUUUGAACCCUGGCUAGUAUUCCAAACCACAUUUCCCACUUUAUUGAUCUAUUACUGUCGAUUGGCCAGAAUAUGCAUAUACACCUGGUUUCCGGGGUCUAAAUUCAACCUCAAUAAUUAAAAAGGGAUAGCACAAUAGCAACAGCAAAUCAAGAACUGAAGUAGAAUAUCCCUGCCUUAACCCUACAGCAAUUUGUGGAGAUUUAUCAAGAUGCAGGCCCCAUGACUGUGCCCCUCUGCCUUUUCCAUAGCUCAGCAUGGCCGGCGGCCAUCUUGGAUAAACUUCAACCAAACCAAAGCCCAGUUCCUCAAUCCAAUGACUCCCUGUCUCCCUCCAUGGCGAUCUGAACAAGACUGCUUUGGUCACCAUCCUUACUUUGAUGUACUGUACCCAACAACCAACAAUUGUGAUGAUGUCAAUGGAGGUUUGUGGAAGGAGAAUUAAAGCGGGGGGAAACAGUUAAAUGGUUCCUCUUGAGGAUUUUUUGUUUUGUCCACUGGGCGAAAAGACUUACUCACAAAACCAGCGUUGCUUCAAUUAAAACAUGCUCACUCACGGGUCCUCCCUUUCGAUUCAGAAUCUCAACACAUUUUCCAUCCCAUUUUUCACUAGCCCCUGUUGCGCCGCAUUGUCCAAAAAUUACAUUGACUUGGGUUCAUUGUAAUUAUCUUCCUUCUGUUACCAUCUCCUCGCACACGGAGAAAUGAAAUUGCUGUAUUGUGCUCCUGCUAUACUACCAUUCACACAUUCUCUAAUAUUUUAUAGCGUUUUCCGUUGCGUGCCCUAAUGAACAUGACCUGGCUCUCUGUAUAAUGCUGAUGCCUCAUGUUUGUCUGCGAGGCAGAGACUCACCUCUGAUCGUUAGCAAAUUAUGUUUCUCUCACAGAAAACCUCACAUGAAUACCUUUAUCUCAGCAGUUGAAAUUACUAAUUUCUGUAUGCCCUUUCAGCGUGCGAUGAUUCUCAAGGCAGAAGGUACUGGAGAAGCGUAGAAAUCCCUACUUGUUGGUGAUUUUUCUUAUUGUUCUUUUGAACCUGGUUGGUCAACUGCAGGGAGACAGACUAUAGUUAUUGUUCAAGGCAUUUACCUAGUCAGUUUCGGGAGUUGGAUGAAGUCCUCCAGUUGGUUUUGAUUCAUGCAUGUAUGAAUGGUGGGACAUGGAAUACUCUUUCUAUCAAUUCAUGAAUGAGGUCUGAUUGUAAAAUAGGUUGGGAUAAGGUUGGCUAAGUAUGUUUGCAGGCUUUUUGAUAUGGCUUUUCGUCUCCCCUCGCUUUCGAUGGUGGCGACUUGAAGACUAAUGUAUAUCACCAAGACAUAGGAGAUGAGUAUCAAUUUGAAUUUAUUUUGAUUGUCACUGGCAUGCUCAGAACCUUAGUUUGGGUGUCGGCUCUUGUGUCAAGAGGGUCAAAAGUAGCAUCCGUCAUCUGAUAUUAGUUAUCCCUCUAACGGCUCUGUUGUUUACUUUUCCAUUGCUCUCUCCUCCACCCCCCUUUUGGGCUCAUUGGCAUUAAAUGGUGCAAUUCCUCAAUCCAAACUUGGGUCCCUUUCUGUUCUUUGUCUCAGCCUGGUCCCAGAUCUGUUUGUGCUCUUGCCUACUCCAUUGUCAAGCUAAAUGUUUGGCAUAACAAUUCCAUAAGGACCUGGUAAAAGAGCAGAAACAGACUUGCAACCAGGCUAUGUCUUGUCUCUACCCAGAGUUCUUCACUUGCUAUAGACACUCCACAGUACUUUAACCUCGAUCGCUCUCAUUUUACACCAAGCACUCCCUCAUUUGAACCUCUGGAACUCAUACUGGAAUCCAAAUUAUUAGAACUGUACAGUAGUGCUAAUAUCGUUGAGAUCUAUCUUGAUGUCUCUGUGGCUGUUUUGCUAAGAUCAUAACCUGCAGAAGAUUGUUUUCCUUGGCUUUUCUGCUAAUCGUUUCGACCUCCCGCGGGUGAGUGCUCACUGCUGCUGCUCGAGGCUAGAAGGAGUGGUGUGUGUGUGUGUGUGUGUGUGUGUUGUUGAUGCUCUGUUCUCCGCCUUAGGGGAUGAGCUCAACAACAACUAAACCAGUGUCCAUAGUGGGCUCUCACUUACUAAUGACCGUGGACAGUACUGUAGCUAUUAUGGUUGUGAAAGAGAGGUGCAGUUGUCAUCAGAAGAGGAAGGAUGUCUCGAGUGGGAGGUUGCCAGUCUUGGGUAGUUUGAAUCAUUUCUAUUUUUGGGUGCUGGGUUGGAGUUUUAGUAUGGAUAAGUUUUUUUUAAUUACAUUUUUCAAAGACCUGACUACUCUGCAAUAUGAGACUGUCAGUCUAUAAGGAGGGGAGAGAAAAAAGUGAGCGUGUCAGCGCAGCCCUUUGCAAACAAUGGGCCUGUCACUGUGACUGCUGUAGCAGUGAGCUUAGAAAAGAGUUCGCCCUCUCAGCAACCUCCUCCAGACCCCUCUGUACCUUAGCCUUAUCCUCUCACUUAAUGCCCAGAGUACUCCCACGUAGACACUUUGCCGCACCGUACUGCAGCCCCCGAGGCCAGAGCCUCCCCUUCCUCCCUGCAGACCGCCAGGGUCAUCCAGACCUGACCUACAGAAGAUGGAGGGAGAGGCGGAGAUGGAUGGGACAGCCAUGGGAGUGGGACAAAAAUAUGAAAGAUAUGAGAGAACCAUGAGAUGUUAUCUCCCGCUUUUCCCAUUAGCGAAGGGCUCCCCCGGCAGUAACGUAGAGAUAGGAGCUUCAGAUCUAAUGAACACGUUGCCCCCCUCCAAGCAGCAGGAAGGGCUCCCCCUGCAGUAACGUAGAGAUAGGAGCUUCAGAUCUAAUGAACACGUUGCCCCCCUUCAAGCAGCAGGAAGGGCUCCCCCCGCAGUAACGUAGAGAUAGGAGCUUCAGAUCUAAUGAACACGUUGCCCCCCUCCAAGCAGCAGGAAGGGCUCCCCCCGCAGUAACGUAGAGAUAGGAGCUUCAGAUCUAAUGAACACAUUGCCCCCCUCCAAGCAGCAGGAAGGGAAUGCCAGGCCGUGCUCUAUUGGCCCACUUUUCUCCUGGGUUUGUUUUAACCUUAAAGGGAAGGUCUUCAACCCCCAGACCCUGUGUGAUAAAGUGAUAACCAACCAGGCACGUUGGAAUCUGAUUCUGCAGCCCCUGAGGACUGUAGCCGGAGGUCUCUUGAAUCGAAUAACAGUCAAAUAAAAUCUACUGAUGCAGCUUUCCGCAAACUGGCAAAUCCAGGUUUGAGCUAUAUUCGUUAUGUAUUUGGACUCAUGAACUAAUUUCCCUAGCCAAAAUAGUUACCCGUUUACUUUACUAAAACUGCACAUGUAUGAGAUAAUUGCUAUGCUAAUAUAGUUAUGAGUUUAUGGCAGUUUGGAAAAUACAGGUGGUAUGAUCUGUUUUCUCUCCAAAUACAGGUGGUAUGAUCUGUUUUCUCUCCCAAUACUAGUGUGAGCACAUUCUCACUGACACAGGUAUGAAUUGAUUUUUUGGUCAUUCAGGUAUGAGCUCAUCUAUUUUAAUGGAAAAUGCAGAGAUCUCUUUGAAGUGUAGAGAUGAUCCCCUGGUCUGCCCUGAAGUGUCUCAUCUGUGCUGAGGGCUUGACUCCUGGCUUUGGACAGAGUGAGUAGACGAGCAUUACCAAUCCUGCAGUUUGUACGUUUUUUUUUGUUGCCUUUCAUGGGUUAGGCUAGAUGACUAAUUCCAUUGUAUUGUAAUAUUGUGUGUUUUACCACAAUGGUUGGACAAACAUAACUGUUGCAAUAAAGAUGAAAGCUGGUAACCCGCGGACUGUUAACCCUUUAGAGAACCAAUAUGAUGAUGCAUACCCACUAAUUUGAUUCAGAAUGAUAGACAUUGACAGCAACUUGUACAGAAAACCUCACUAUUGUACUAAAAUUAUAAUCUCAUAACAGUAUUGUAUGUUUGUUUUCACUGAUGAGUAGCACUCCUGUAGGUAGAAUGGAGAUGUUCAGUUGAUUGUCCUCUUGGGUAGUUUGAGUUUGGUGAGUGACACAUUUCCCUUCACUAACCACGUUUCUGAGUAGUCAUACAGUAUUUAAAAAAAAAUCAUGACAGCUGUAAUAGAACGUGGAAGUUUCAGUAACAUUUUAUAAAUGCUGACAAAUCAUUUUGUUUGACAUGGUGGGAUCUUUUUGUCUCUGUAAAAUUAAUUAUGCAAGCAAGGGAGGUGGAAAUGCCUUUAUGCGCAAAUAUUGAUAUAAUAACCAUCCUCCCACUAUGACCCGUGAAAGCAUGUAGUUUAUUAGGCUACAGAUUAAAUAUAUGAUGAACUUCACAGGGAGGUGAAAGUGCAAGGUGAUGAGCUUGAUGCUCCUUUCCAAUAAAUAUCGAGGGUCUGAUUCUGGUGACAUGACGCUUGACUGCCGUUUGACAAAUACAAAUGUUUUUUUUAUCCAUAAUAAUCUCAUGUAGACUAACCUACCCCCGAGCUGUUGGCGAGAGCGCAUGCGUCAAGACCAGAGUGGGUAUAUUUGCUGUUUAACGCAACGUUUUUUGUGACAAAACUAUCGGUAGAGUUGAAAAUGUGAUGGAAAACCGUCGAACUUUAGAUUUUUAUUCGGUACAUAAACUUUUAGCGAAAAAGUACAUUUUGUGUGCACUGUCAUCAUGCACUGCUUUUUAUCUGCAACAAGUCUGUUUGGUGGAAACUUGCAAAUUUUCUUUAUGCAGAUUUUAGAAUAUUUGCAUGAAAAUCUGUCACCAUUUAGAUGUAAACCUAGCUAUUGUCUAUCAAAAAGUACUAUGGUAUGUUACCUUUGCAUUAUGAGUUGAUUUUAUGACCCUUAAUUACAUGAUUAUGUAAGAUACUGUAUUUAGAGAUGCACUCACACUUUCUCUAGGUUUUCACAAGGACCAGGUUGGGGGCUGGGUAUGUAACAGGCUGAUGCCAUACUAUGUGCUGUAGCCAACUCUUCUAUUGUUGUCAAGCCGUAUGUACAUGUUUGGCAUGUCAGCGAAUAUACGCGUACUUCACUAAAGCACAAACAGAUCUGGACCACCAGGCUAGAUAUAAUAACCCAUUUCCUGCUUUCUGGUUUGCAUUAGGACAUCCGGUAUCAGCGGCAACGGGAGAUUUCUUAAUUUAAGACUGUUCUGUCGGUUCCUCUAGAUCCUCCUUUAGCUUCCCAUCCCUCCCUCUCGUAUGGAGACGAAAGAGUGCCUUCCCUGCCAGUGGCUGGGCAUCCUUAUCUUCGUCCUAUGCAAACAUUUUCUACCAGCCCACUCAACCAGUCUCUUUGUAAUAGUGUAGCCAAUGCUUCAUAUACAUAGUGGUUUCAAAGAGUAUUUUUUUAUUUUAGGUACUUUUGAACAGUCUCUGAAAUGUUGUUUUGUUGUACAUAUACAUUUUUCUAUAUAUAAAACAAAUAUGUCACAAGUAUUUGUUGUAUAUAUCACGAGAAAAAAAGCUUUCUCGUAGACUUAAGGAAUUGUGGAAAGUCUAUUUUUCUACUCUUCUCAGUUGGGAUUAUAACAGUGGUGAACUUAAAUCUGCAAUUUAGGUGACUGACAUCUUUAAAAUAAACAGCUUUGAUAAAAAUGAUCAAA